UACGGACAACCUGUAUCGAAAGGACCCAAGUUAGAAAGUUUUAGUGAUAACUUGGGGAAACACUUUGAUUCUAACCCUCCUGUUGCUGGUUCUUACAGUCCAAAACAAGGAGAAACGUGCGCAGCUAAGUUUAUGGAAGAUCAACAGUGGUACCGGGUCAAAGUAGAAAAGGUUGCUGGCCUAAGUAUACAUGUUCUGUUUAUUGAUUAUGGUAACAGGGAUGUGGUGACUGCUGAGGAGUCUGCCUAUUUGCCACCGGCUUUUAAAAAUGACGGACCGUAUGCCAAAGAAUUGGUACUUGUGGAGCUACCUAAGUUGCCUGAAUAUCGAGAAUAUUCCAUUGCCACUGUACGUGAUGCGUCCAUUAACAAGAUCAUCAAUAUAAAUGAAGAAUACACUUACGACAAUAAAAUACCCUGGGGCUAAGUUGUGUACAUGUGCGUGGCUUUGUUCCAAAGCACUAGCCUCGCUUAUAGACUUAUUAAAUGUCUGGAAAUGCGACUAAAACUGGUCGCCGUCGGGUACUGAUCUCAUUUUAUACAGCUUAUAUCUAUAAUAAAAAAAUAUCUACCUAUCGAUUUUUUGUGGUGUUAAAAAUAUUUUCAGUUUCUCUAAU